CCAACAUGAAAAUCUAGUUUGAAAUUCAUCCAUUUACUUUCUUUGGGGUUCAACAUGGCUACAGACGUGGACGACACGUUACCGCGCUCCAUGUCGCUAUCCAGACGCUAUCUAUCAUUGCCUCAGGAGCUCACAGGUGAAUCUCUCCCUCCUAAAGUGUCUGGGCGGCGGUGCGGCACUGUAACACUCUGUGUGGCGCAUAUUUUAGCCAGUGCUGUCAGUUCCUCGCCGCUGCCUCGGGAGUCGUUUGUUCGCGUGCGUUGGUGGGGAGAGGAGGCGCCCGGUAGCCUCUUCCGACCGAAAGUACUGUCAGGGGAUGGAGUUGUCCACUCGGAGGCUCUGUAUUCGCCGCAUCGAAUUAUUGCAAUGAAAUAUCCCGUUAACGUUCUGCCGGAGCAGCUACUGGAAUAUUUCCACGACAUGGGACACUUGACUCUGGACGUGAUCGAUCGAGAUACAAGAAAACAAUUUGGAGAAUGUAAAUUACCUCUGGAUUUAUACAGAGAUAACCAAGUGAUGACGAUGAAGGAGAAAUUGGUGGCUCUGAAAAGGGACAACGUGCUGUGUGAGAUAAAACCUAGCGAAGGACAGGAGGGCGAAGUGGCGGGGUAUUUAGCUGUGACGUUUGAUGUCCAGUGGACGGAGAGUGAUGUAAAAAUUGACGAUGAUAUGGGAAUUGUAGAGGAUUACUUGGAUGCUGAAGUGCCGGUGUCGGAUUGGGUGGAGGUUGUUGAUUCUGAGGAGACAAAAGGGGUAUUUAAAGUGGAAUCUAAAAUGAUCGAGAAGGAAAAGGAGUUGAAAAAGAGCAGAAGAAAAGACGAUGUGGAAAAUAGUGCUCAUUUCCAGCGGAUUCAAAAGCUUUUGGAGAAAGGGAAGGCUUUGCAGCAGUCGAUGGAGAGAGCUGUAACAGAUGAGAAGAAAAAAGAUAACAAUGGAGAGAUUGGUGAAAAAGAUGAAGACCCUGUUUUGACAAAUUAUACGGUGGAUCAACCGAUCCACCGAGGACUACCAUUUGAACCUGACACAGUGGCAGAAUUUGUGGGUUCUUCGAUCCAAUGGAGCAAAGUGUUGACCGAUGACGCGCGUUUGUCAAAUUCCGAGCCUAGCGCAGAGAGUGACAAUGAUUUUCUUCCGCCGUCCAUCAGCUCAGACUCAAGUGAAGUGCAAGUGAAGCAUGGUGGUGCUGCAGGACCCCUCUUGUCCGGUUAUACACUUGAUCAGCGGCUUCACCAAGAAGUACAGCAGAGGACACAACACCGAACAUUUUUGAGGAAUAGUAGCAACAAGUAUAAAUCCUUCCAGUUCGCGGUGAUGUUUGAGAGCGUGUCAAAUGUCAGUCUUUCAGUAUUGGGCGAUAAAAUUGUUCGAGCAAGGUUAAAUUCCAGCCCUAUAAUGGCAAACGAAAGUGUUGAUGGUGCAAAUGUACUAAAUGGAGCAAAUAUUACCCUUCGGUACACCGUGCCUUCUCAUUUCUCAAGGGUUUCUCCUGCAUCAAAAAAAUUUGAUCGGUCAAUCACGCGCAAAUUGAGAUUUUCUCGAUGGUUUGAUUGGAUGUCUUUACUAUCGGCUGAUUUCAGUGGAAGUAUCCACAUUUUUCAGUCGGAAUUUGUCGAUGAAUCCAAAAAGUUUUUCUCUAGUGGAUAUUUGAUCAUAGAAACGUGGCUGCAAACCGCAAGGAGCGCUGAGCGUAGACUUCUAGGCUUGUCAAAAGUACCGUUGAAACAACUAGCCUCACUCUUCAGUCAUGACAAGGAGGAUCUGCGUAGUCUAUCUGAGACGUUACUCCCCUGUGUUGGUGUGGAUGGCAAAUUUCCAGUUGAGGAUCCGUUCUCGGGUAACCUGUCUGGAUAUCUCCGAGCUCGAGUUUGUAUUGGAACAGCAGAGCAGCUUCUUACAUGGGCCAAAACGAUUCGAUCCGUCGUUAAGCUACAAGGAAUCGUUCGUGGAGUGCUGUUUCGGAAACAGUUCCGACACUCUACUAUCUUCCGGUCAGCGUCGAUACCAGGAACGUCACAAAUUCAUUCACGAUUGGUAGCACUCUUAAAUGAGGAAAAUGGAUCCGACUCACAAUCAACAGCACCAACAUUCAUCACCACAAGAAAGGCGAAUGGCUUUGAUACUAGUGAGAAGCAAUUGGAGUAUACAUCUAAAGAUCCGGAAGUUCACGAAACUGCGCGAGGAAAUCAACGAGCUCUGCGCAAAAUUCGACUUGGUAUUCGUGAAAGCUGGCGAUCUGUGGUGCAGCAUAAUGGACAGAAGAGUAAACAACAGCGUUGUGGCUGGAGUUCUUCCCCUCUUUUGGGAUGUGAGAUUCAAGGACAACUAGUACUUACUGGAAACACUGAGGUUCCGGGUAAGAUAAAAGGAGUGUCAUUUGCUCUUUGGUGGGAUGCAGUGAACAGGCACUUGAACUCCUGCUUCAUCCAUACAUUUCGAUCACGAGCCUAUCUCAACGAAGAGCGUGCGGAUCUGGCUGCGGUGGGGCCUCAAAGCCAGAUACUGUUUGCAUUGCACGUCGAAAAUGGGUUCUUUGGGACGCAAUCUCGUGAAACAAUCAUGGGUGAGGCGAGACUGAAUUUGUACGAGGCAUUUGGGAAACGGGUAACAAAACGCCAGCAAAGUGAUGGCUCUACGCAGAAUAUGGGGGUGGAAGAAUCAUGGACUGAUGUGGAUGUCCCGAUCGUGUGGGAUAAUGGAAUUACUGAGUGCCGAAAGCUGCCAUCAGCAAUUCCGCUAAAGGUUACUUACUUUACGUCAAGGAUGUCGGAAUCAAUGCCGAUAACCAUGGAUUUUGCUAAUCUUGAAGGUGACGUAUCUGACAGUCGCUCUCUCAAUACUGAGCCCCAGUUUGAUGCUGGUGCAAGUGAGACACCAGAACAGCACGAUACGAAACUCUCACGUCUUGCAGACGAGGAAUCACUUGAUGAGAACGUAAUGUCUGACCCAGCCGUCACUCUACCUCAGCGGAGCGAUGAACAAUCAGAAUCAGAAGUGGAGGAGAAUGUUGUGCCGGACGAUCAAUUUAGUCACUCUUUGCUACCGGAAAGCGACGACGAAAAUGAAAAAGCCAGAGGGACAGUCUGCUCCUUAUUGCCUGGCUCAGAGUGUGAUAAUGAGGAGUCCCAUGAUACCGAAUGCCGUUUGGAGUCUGAUGAGCAACUUGACCAAAGCCUAGGAUUAGAGCACUUAAGCGAAGAUGGUGCAGUACUGGGUCACAGUUUGGAACUUGAGGAUCUAUCGAGUGGCAGCGACAGUGUACCGAGUGAGACUGUGAGUUUGCCGGAUUAUAAUACUGGGGAGGUCGAAAUUCCCGACUCCAUUCCCUCCAGUCCCAAGUGUGCACCAACAAUUCAAUAUGCUGAGAAGGCUGUCCAGGUGAAUCUAAUUGAGCCGGGGCUUCAUGUAGAAAUGGUGGCUUGUGCAGUCCAGACUGCCCCACUUGCAGACUCAAAGGAUGAAUGUGACGAAAUUGAUUGGGAUAAUGACGUUGAGGAGGCCAAGACAACCGUUGAUGUGGGUUGUGACGCUAUGGAAAUUGGGGACAUUCCUAGUGGAAAUAAUUCGGAAUCAGAGGAAGAAGCGCCACAGUCUAACGCAGAACUGGACCGUGUCACGCUGGAUGUGCCAAGUGAGACUUCGAGUAUUCCAUGUUCUGAUACCGCGGGCGCUGAGCUUCUUACCGAAAGUUGCUCCGAUCAUAGCCUUGUACCAGAAACUGAAUAUGUGGACGAGGCCGUUCAGGCUAACCCAUUCGAGUUGGGGUUUGUGGUAGAGAUGGUGGAGUGCUCGGUGCAGACUGCCCCAACUGCGGACUCGAAGGCCGAACCUGAUAAAACAGUUUUUAAGGAAAGUGGUGACGAAUCAAAUCUUGGAGAUUUCGCUGAGGAGCAAAAGAUAACCGUUGAUGUGGGUUGCGACCCGAUUGAAUUUACGGAGGAGAAUCAUGUUCAGUCGGAGGAAGAAGAACCCCAGUUCUCGGCUUCUACUAUGUCUACUAGGCAAGAGCAGGAUGACAAAACUCCGAAAGCGGAACAUGGUGUGACAAGCCCACGAGAUAUCGUUGACCAUGUAAGCACUCCUCUUAUCAUCGAGCAACCCAGUAUGACACACACCACGUUACCAAACGAAAAACUGGACCUUAUGUACGAAAUGUUGCGCGAGAUGCGUGAAUCAUAUUUACGUCAGCCAGCAGCAAAAUCUGCAUCGGUUGGUAGUGUGAAGGAUGAAGUGUAUCAUGCCAGAGGGAUCAGUGAUAAGCAUAGCAGUUGUCCCAGUUCUCCCGUUUCAAGACCCCCCAGUGCUCAUCGUGCACGAAAAACUUCCUUGGAUAAAAGUUCCGUCAGCGUGUCAGAAUUAUUACCAACGAAAUCCAUGGUGGACAUCGGCUUGGAAGUCGAAGCUAAGCGUUGUAGUUGUCCCAGUUCACUCGUCACGCAAGAGCCACAGUCGCUCCGAUCACGAGGUUCAAUCCUGGUUGAAAGCUCGAGACACACGUCGGGAUUAAAACCCGCUACUGUGUUGAAUUGCAAUCCUACGAAGACUUCGUCUCAGAGGCAGUUAAGUGGCAAAAGUGUGGCCAACAUAACGCCAGGUUUGUAUUCCUACAGGGAACAACGAACUGAUACUAGUGGCAAAAAUCAUCGACUUUCGUCGUCCGAUAUGUGUGUAUUCCAGCAACGAUACAACAGCCAAAGCGAGAACACAAGCAAUCCCUCAUCUGUGCGUUCUCUUUUCGCACACGACUCGGAGACCGAGCGAAUCGCUCGAAUAAUGCAGGGAAGCAUGAACUAUUGGAUGAAAGAUGACAGUAGUUCGAGUGGUGGCGACGAACUUGAGGAGGAGACGGAUGAUGAUUGCUACUUCUAACGGCUAACUAUUUACUUUCUGGGCUUCGCUUUCCGAGAUCCUGCCCGCCUAAGUUUUUCAUAAAAUGAUGCCUUGGGCUGUUGAUUCUCGAUGCUGGAGUGCUCGGAGCGCUCUGUGUGGUCUUCUGUAUUGUUACAACUGCUUGAAGCUGUUGAGUCCGAUAGAGCUGCCUGCGAAGAGAUUGCUAUCUCAGGAAGGACCUUACUGCUUCGCAUUCUCUCAAGCAGCGAUGUCCGCUCCAUACAUUCACGAUGAACUGUCUGCUGCAACAGUGAAAUUUCCUACUUGUACCGACAAAACGUUAGUUUUACUUCAGCGUGCUCAAGAUCUCAAGAAACAACGUACCCGGUCUUUCUGCUUCAACCUGCUUCGAAGCUGCUCGAUAAUCUUCUCGUUUUCGUGGCUAUCCUCGUCCCGAUUGCUUGAUUCGUGGCGACAUACUUUUCUGUUACCAGUCUGAUUAUUAUCCCACGCUACGUUAGUCUGGGCUGCCUUUGCAGGCUGGUCUCGUAGGCGUUUCAGUUGGUUCUGCAGGUUAUCUACCUGUUGCCGAAGAGUUGCAUUCUCGUUCUGGAGUUCCUUUUGUUGCUGUCCUGCUUCUUGGAGUGAAAUGUUGGUUUCCUGCCGUACUUCGUCUUGGGCACUCUUCAAUCUUUGUUCCAGCAUAGCGCGCUCAAUUUUGGCUGUUUCAACUAAUUUUUGCUGCAAAACGAUAUCAACAUAACAUGUGAGCUGGAAAUAUGGACAUGUACGAAAAAAUAUAUCACCUUUUCACGUUCACUUGUGUCGAGCCGACCCUGCAACGUCUGAAUCAUGCACUCGUAAUGUGAACUAUUGCGUUUGGCCUCCUAUUGUGAGAAUUGAAUUUUCAACAUGGUCCCCAAAACUAGAUAUAGCAUGGACUGCAGUAAAUUUACCUCGCGCUGGCUAGCGUUUUGCAACGCACGAUCUUUCCAAUCGUUCGCUCUACGCUCUGCAUCCUUUAGCUAGGCAAUUCAAAACAUCCAAUCGUCAACGUACUGUCAAUAAUUCACAGGAAAUUCCUCUGUACUCACU